CAUGUCCGCCUGACAAGACGAAACCACCUCUGCUGUAUAAGCGCGAACGCACUCGGAAUGGACUUUGAAUCAAACCCGCUCCGCACAAUCUGCCAAUAGCUGUCCCCGUUGAAACUACCGCGUUCUUGGUCCAUCGGACGUAUAGCGCUCCGACUGUCCCAGGCGCAACCGUGGACACAUACAGGUUUCUGCCAGCCCAUCGUCAAAGCUGACGAGUGCUCAAGAGCCCGCGCUACCUAUAUCUGUUCCACCGUUUCCCAUACUAGCUCGCUGAAAGACAUCGUCACCAUCGCCGGACUUGCUUUCGUUACUCGGUGGCUGGACAUUUCAUAGCUUCGCCAUCUUCAAGCACCCGAGGCCCCGCGUCAGAAGCUCAAUUCGCAACCAAGUCUAAACCUCCACCAGAAGGACUGCGCUAGUUGCCAGCUAGGAUCCUCAAUCAUGGCGGGGAUGGAGAAUAUCGAAAUCCAUAGCAAGUCGUACCUCGUUCGCUGGGUAAACGUCUCCGCCGGUCACACCAUAUCAUGGAGUAUACAACCGCAUAAGAAGUCGCUGAAUUUCGGCAUCUUCAAACACCCAGGCACAGCGACUGGCGCCACCCCCAACCUUCCUUCCUCCGCAACCUUCGAAACUGGACCUGCUCCAGCUAGCCUAGAGCCACCCACCACCCGCGGACGCGGAGCAUCGACAUCGCGAAACGACAGGACGGUCGUUUUGGAGAAGCUCUCGGCAAUCGGGCUAAAGCAGGUACAAUGGCAUGGGAAAUGCGAGGCCGAUCAAGUGUCCAUUGGGACAUUCGACGUUCCGAUGGGCGAAGGUGGCAUGUAUGGGCUCGUCUUUGACAACACGUUCUCCAAGACGGUCUCGAAAACCGCCACCUUCGUUCUCAUGACGUACCCCACCAAUGCGGCCCCCAAGACGGGUCACCACAUGCACUAUGCCCAGGCAAUGGCAGGAGGAAGUUCGACCAGUCUUCCCAAAUCCAGCCCGUCCAUGGGGCCUCUCGAGUCAACAGAAUCCUUACCUUACCCACACGCCGACCAACCGAAGUCUCAACCUGGACCGAAACAGGGCAGCCUAUCCAGCUCGUCGUUCCUGACCGGAGUACUGCAUAAGAAAAGGAGGAAGCGGAAUCAAGGCUAUGCCAGGCGCUUCUUCUCGCUCGACUUCACAUCCUCUACGCUAUCAUACUAUCGCAACGACCACUCUUCGGUUUUGCGUGGAGCGAUACCCUUGUCACUGGCAGCAAUUGGUGCAAAUGAGGACACGAGGGAGAUUUCUGUCGAUUCUGGAGCAGAGAUUUGGCAACUGAGAGCGAGUAAUGUGAAAGACUUCAAGAUGUGGAGAGACGCCCUCGACAAGGCAUCUCGCACAGCUGGACGUGUAUCGUCACCCACCUUACAAAUCAAGGAUAGCUCGUAUCAGAGUGUUGCGCAUGUGCUGAAUGGGGCAGAGGAGAACGAGUGGGCAAGAGUUGAAACAUUAGUGGAAAGAGUUGCGGGUAUGAGAGAUGCAGCACGAAGAUUGGCCCAGGAUACGGAUCCCAAGUACAGCUCUUCAGCAGCUCAGGGGACCACCAAGUUUCAUGAUAGCUUGUCACCGACUCCCACAGAAUCAGAAGCGACCGACUAUUUCCCAGAUGACAGAGCGCCGGAGAAAAAGACAUUCUGGAAGCGUAAACCCAGUAGCUCUGCACAAAGUCCAUCUGGCAUGUUCAGGCGGAGCGUCUCCGCACAAGUAGGGGUCGCUUCGCCGGGCGCUAUUCCCCCUGUCCCCUCCCUACCUGCAAACCUACCCUCAAACGGCGGUCUUUCCGUUCCCAAACGAAAUGGUCGGACCAGUAUUUCAUCGCAUUCGCAAGAGGAGAGUGUCCACGACAAUUGCAUGGCGUUGCUUCGUGACCUCGACUCUGUUGUAAGAGAGUUCUCAACUCUCGUCGACGAAAGCAAGCAACGACGCAGGCCCGCACCACCCGCAGCAUUGGCAUCUCGCCACAGCUUUGAGUCGACCGCAGAAUCGGUAGACGAGUUCUUCGAUGCUAAUGAUGAUAACGCGAACAAGUCACAGCUCCUCACCAUUCGACGUGAUAGUAGAGACGACGAGCGCGAUCGUGAUCGCGAUCAAGACCAAGAUUCGGAGUCUGAUGGCGAGUCAGAGUCCUCUUCGGAGAAUGGAGGCUUGGGACUGAUGGAUCGUCCCCGCAUGUCAAGAGAAGCAACGCCCGCGUUGUUCCCCAGAAGACCUACAUCUCUGGCGCCUCUGCCUCUGCAGCCCGUGAAUCGGAGAACUACUGUCUUAGCACCGAAGGUACAACCACCUAGUUUGAUAGCCUUCUUCAGAAAGAAUGUCGGCAAGGAUCUCUCUACCAUCGCCAUGCCCGUGUCCGCCAACGAGCCCAUGUCCGCCCUCCAACGCCUCGCCGAGCAACUAGAAUACAGCGAGCUCCUCGACGCUGCAGUCAACGCCGCACCCGAGACGGGUGAACGUCUCGUGUACAUGGCCGCUUUCGCAAUCUCAGCAUUUAGCAACGCUCGUGUCAAAGAUCGCGCGAUACGGAAACCCUUUAACCCCAUGCUAGGCGAGACCUACGAACUCGUUCGCGAAGACAAAGGCUAUCGCUUCUUUGCGGAGAAGGUUGUGCAUCGACCUGUACGAAUGGCGUGUCAGGCUGAAGCACAGGAAUGGACCUUCGUUCAGUCUCCUAUGCCAGUGCAGAAAUUCUGGGGUAAAAGCGCCGAGCUCAACACCGAUGGACGGGUUCGCAUCUUCCUUCACGGCUCUGGGGAGCAUUAUUCUUGGACGCUGGCGACAUCAUACUUGCGCAAUGUCAUUGCAGGCGAAAAAUACAUCGAGCCGUCAGGUACAAUGACAAUCGUAUCUGAAACCUCAGGUGCAAAGGCAGUGUGUAUGUUCAAAGCCGGCGGUAUGUUCGCUGGGCGCUCAGAAGAUGUAUCCGUAGAAGUCUUCGACAGCACCGGCUCCACCUUGCCCAUGGGAGCAACGGGGAAGUGGACUUCCAGUCUGGAGUUCACAUCCAACGGCCAAGCAACCGGCAAAAUAGCCUGGAAAGUAGGCGACCUCGUCGACAAGGCCGAGAAACAUUACGGUCUAACCACCUUUGCCGCUGCGCUGAACCAAGUAACACCCAUCGAGGAAAACCACGUAGCGCCCACGGACUCGCGUCUCCGACCUGAUCAACGCGCUCUAGAAGAUGGCGACUUGGACCGCGCCGAAGCUCUCAAGGCUCGGCUGGAGGAACGUCAAAGAGCGAGGCGGAGGAUCAUGGAGGAGCACGGUGAAGAGUGGAAACCGCGCUGGUUCACCAAAGUUGGGCCCGACGAGGCUGUCGCCUUGGGUGAUGAGGAGGUUUGGCGACUCAAAGGUGGCAAGGAUGGAUAUUGGGAGUGCAGAGAGAGAGGCGAGUGGCAGGAUAUUACAGAAGUGUUUCAAACGUAACGCUGAAGACAACAUGGUUUCGGGCAUAGUAGUUUGCAGAAAGUGUAUACGUAGAGAUGAGAACUAGAGUUUUUGGCAUCAUGCUUGUUGGCUUGAGGUGCGGUUAGCGGAUAUCCAAAUAAGAUGAAGCAAGAAGUAUACUUACAAUCUGCAUAUUUACACGAGUGGAGGAAUCACCCAUGAAGCGCCCAAAAAGAAUUAAUCUCACAACAAUUUCCCAAACAACCGGAAUCAACCU